CACUUAGGCAAAUCCAUCGACCUACACUUGCACUUCAUUCCCAAUAAUUAGUUCCAAUAGUUAGCUAAAGAAGAAGGAGACGUAUAUAUAUAUAUAUAUAUAUAGCUAAGUAAGUAGCGAAGAUGUCUUCGUCGCUAAUAUCAUUGCUUGUGAUCAUCGGCCUCCUUGUCGUCGUCGUCAUCCCGACCGUCGCCGGCCAACUCCGAGUUGGUUUCUACAACGCUAGCUGCCCGAGCGCAGAGCUGAUUAUCCAACAAGUGGUGCAGAAGCGCUUCGCCUCUGACCCCUCCAUCACCGCCGCCUUGCUUCGCAUGCACUUCCAUGACUGCUUCGUCAAGGGCUGUGAUGCAUCCAUACUGAUAGACUCGACGCAGAGCAAGUCCUCCGAGAAAGACGCCGGACCAAACCUCACUGUCCGGGAAUUCGACCUCAUCGAUGACGCCAAGACCAACCUCGAGGCCGCCUGCCCCGGAACCGUCUCCUGCGCCGAUAUCAUAACAUUGGCCACUCGAGACUCUGUCGCUCUCGCCGGAGGACCCAGCUACAACGUCCCAACCGGCCGCCGCGACGGCCUCGUUUCCGACCCCAGCCUUGUACGGUUGCCCGGUCCAGAUCUCACUGUUCCACAGGCUUUACGAUUCUUCACGGCCAAACGCCUCAACCUCAACGACAUGGUGACUCUUCUGGGCGGCCAUAGCGUCGGAGUUGCACACUGUAAUUUCUUCCAGGACCGACUCUCGAAUUUUCGAGGUACCGGAAAGCCUGAUCCGGACAUGGAUCCGGCUCUUGUUUCAGAGCUCCAGCAAACUUGUGGAAAGCAGUCGACCGCGUUUUUGGAUCAGAACACGAGCUUCGUUCUCGACAACCAGUUUUACAACCAAGUCCUUUUGAAGAGAGGAGUGAUGCGGAUUGAUCAGGAGCUUACCUUGAAUAAAGCCAGCGCUCCUAUUGUGUCAGGGUUUGCAUCCAAUGCUGGUGGAUUCCAACAGCGUUUUGCGGCGGCGAUGGUGAAAAUGGGGAGCAUUGAAGUGCUUGUUGGCAGCGCCGGAGAGAUCAGAAACAACUGCAGAGUUUUCAAUCCAACCAAGCAAUAGAAACCAAUCGAGGGGCGGCCUGUAAGAAGAUUAUGAGUUGCCCCCAAAGGAUAUAUAGGAUAUUAUUAUUACCAUCUCCUCAUCUUCUUCUGCUCAGCCACGUUAUGUCCCAAAAAGGACAAAAUAAUUAACAUUGUCCCUUCUCUUUA